AUGCCUGAAUUCCGUUGGAAGCGGGCGAAGGUCGAUCUUACCACUGAUUCUGCUGUGUGUCCCAUUCAAACCCUGUUGAAGCCGGGAUGUGCUCUAGCACCUUUAAUUCAAUGGCUCUCAGAUUUGCUGGAGAGUCCAUAUGAUUGGCACUUUCUUCAUGCCGCUUCCAGUUCAUUGCACCAUCUCAAAUCUCAGAUGCAGAAAUGUGCCGCACGCUUCAAAGAUGACAUGAGGAAGUGGGAUGUCACACGGCUGUCAGCAGAAGCAGCGAAAGAUGCCCCUGACGGCGAUCGUAUUCUGUUUUUGGGAUCCACUAUGGGACACUCUUUGCGCAUGGCCCAAGAGCUCUUGACGACCUUGCAGCUCUGCAUUGGGAAGGACCGUGUGGUUGGGUGGAGACAAAAAAAGGGCGGGAGUAUUGGCUGGUCCCGGGUUGCGGAGAACCUCACAAAUGUUCAGAUAUUUGGUGAAAAUCGAGAAGACAAGUGGAGCCCAGAACUCAUUGACCGUGGGGUUCUGGGGCAAGUGGUGACACUGAUGGAGCGAUAUCCGGACAGUCCACAGGUGCAAAAAUCCUGCUGUGCUCUGCUGUGGGCAUUAGAUCUUCCAUUGAACCAUGCCCUGUUACAGAAAUGUUGUUUCCUGUUGGUCGAUGCCUUGCAGGCAUGUCCUCAGGAGGAUGUGCAAAAAUAUGCUAUUCUGGCGAUUCACCGACUGCAACGGCGCCAUGACUUCUGGCUCUUCUCUGUUGAAACUGUUCAUGCAGUCCUGCAGGCAAUGCAGAACCCGUCCUCACGUCUUCAAGAAGUUGGGCUGAAAGCCUUGGGCUGCCUCAUUCAACAUGUGCCGUCUGAGGAUGAUGCAGAUGGGAUGCUUCUUGCCGCCCUCAUGAAAGCAGCAAGCUGUCUGUCACAGUCAAAGCCCCAGCUAUUGAACGUGGUUUGGCACGGCAUUGUCAAGCGCUUGGAACGUGGAGAUUGCGUGGACGAAUUCCUGAAGCACAAAGGUCUCAAGAAAAUCUGCAAGACGCUUCACCACUUCCAGGGACACGAUCCACACAGCCGCGGUGGCUUGCUCAGAAUCACCUUGUCAAAGGCUUGGAAGAUUGUUUGCAAGGAGGCUGCUGAACAGGUGAUGGAGCUGCAUGUUGAGAACAUUCUGGGAGCCUUGGAACGUGAUCAAGUCAGAUAUUCUGUGAUGAACAAUUAUUGUAUCGCUUUCGGACAUCUCGCACAGCAGUCGGAUUCCUGGCAAGAAUGGCUCUUCAGCAACGGAGUUGUUCGUGUCAUUGUGAGAUACAUGGAAGCUUUGAAGGAUGAAGAUGAAAAUCUCGGAUGUAACGAGUCAAAGCUUGACAAAGGGCUCUCCAGCUGCAGUUUUGCGCUCUCCAAUUUGUACCCUUGUCAAAAGCAUUCGCUCCGUGCCAUUCGUCUAAUUUUGUGGGCGAUGAAGCGAUCCAAAGAGGAAGCCAUUGCACUGAAUGGAGCCAUGUUUUUGUCAAAGCUGAGUGCAACUGAUGUGGCCAAGGCCACCGCUCUUGAUGCGUGCGAAACACUGGCAGCAGCAAUGGCUGCUCGUGAUACUGGUAAGAUGCAGUUGGAAGGAUGCCGGGCUUUGUUGAAUCUUUUUCAGAGCCAACCAAACAAAGCAAGGCUCGCAGCGGUUAGCGGUGUCUCAAUGAUAUUGAAUGCCAUUGAACAGUUUCCAGAAAGCAUGCGUAUCAAGACUGAAGGCCAGAAGCUACUGGCAAGCAUGAGCGAAGAUAUCGCUGCAGUGGCUCUAGCGCCAGAGUUGCGUUUGGUGCAGCUGCCAAAUAGCUCCCUCAGGCUAAAGCGGUGGAUCCAAAGACGGUUGAGAUCCACACAACCAAUACCUUCGCCAGGAGUCAUCUUGACGAUCUAUGUAACUGUAGGCUGCGCGUUUUUGCUGAUAGGGGUAGUGCUACACUUCACCUAUCAGGCGGUUGUGGAAUUGCGCCACGACUACACCGAUGAGAUAGUUGAUCAGAAUGGUGUAGUUUCCUUCGAGAUAACUGUGGACCGAGACAUGGAGAAACCAAUCUGGGUUUUCUACGAAUUGUCUGGAUUCCACCAAAAUCACCGGUUGUACGUCGAUAGUAGGGACGAUUCUCAGCUCAUGAGCCCUGACUACGCAAGAAGUCAAAAGCCACAGGCCUGUCAUCCAAAGAUUGAAACCGCUGGCCGAGGCACUGACUACCCUUGCGGCUUAGUUGCAUCCACGGUAUUCAACGAUACCUUUCACGUAGCGCAUGAAAGCCCUGAUGGCAGUUUCAGUCGCUUGGAGGUGGAUAGCAGAGCGCCAUCGAUUGCCUGGACGGGCGAUCUGAAGCGCUUUGUGAAUUUGGAUCCCGAGGCACCAAGCUGGCAAAAUCCAAGCCUGCAGAAUCAGCACACAUUGAAUAUGUGGCUGCUUAGUUAUUUUCCGCCGGUGACGUGUCAGCAGGUGAUGCUUGGGCCAAGCAAUCCUUUGGUGCCAGUAAAGGUGGCCACAAGGAUGGACAACACAGAUGGGCCCCCAAGGGAAGUCCCAGACUGUACUGGCUACACGGGAAGUAGCCCAAGCUGCAACUUCACCAUGGCCGGGCAGAGCGGGCAGAGCUUUGAAUGCUCUGCGCCAAGCUACGAGAAGAAAAUCGUGGAGGAGCCAAACAAAACGACCCAGAAAAACAUGUGA